GAUGAAGGGUUAGUCAAAUAACAUAGCAUAUUGAUGAUACUUGACAAUCCCAUACCAUAGCAGCCUAAACACAAGGUGUCUGCUACAUUAUAAAACGUCUUCCCAUCUGGUAGGUACGAUCUGUAGACGACAUAUUUCAAGAAAAAGAUGAUGGUGUUUAAAAAAAAGCAUAUAAGAGCACAUCCAAACAUGAUGUACGAACAAAUGCGUAGCCAUUGUGCACUAUAAGGAAAACUAUACAAAAUGUUAGCAGAAAUGGCGGUUCCCAUGAUGGAUACCAUCCAUAUGUUUUGAUAAUCCUGCACCAAAAAUCUAUAGACAGCAGAUCCUAAUUUCAUUCCUCCGAUUUUAAUGCAUACAAGAAAAAAGAAACAAAAAAAAGGAAAAACUUGUGCGAUUCCUAUAAUAGAGGUUGGAUAAUUAUAAAAAAAGUUCUCACAAUGGAGUCUUGUAUCACGCAAUGAGAUGAACAGGAACGCUUCUAUUCAUUUAUGGCAAUAUCCUUUUUCUUUUCUUCUUUUCUUCCUUAUUUUGCCUUCUUUUUUCACAGAGUUGACUAUGCAAAGGGACACUGAUUCAUUUACUUGUUUAAAGUCGUUCGUUAAGUAUAUCUGAUCAAAAUUAGCUGAAUCCUAUGACAUGAGAUCUCAAAUCUUUUGGAUCCAUUGCGCAGAAUAUAUGUUUAAAUGCAUAUGUAAUUGAAGAAGAAACAUAUUUUUUUUUAUUUAAUUACAAUUCAAGAAGUUGACAGGGAUUUGCUUUUCCACCGUUUGAAGAUACUAGGUCUCCGUGAAAUCAAUGGAGUUUAAACAAUUGAGAGUUCUUUAUUAUUUUUAGGUAAGAGAAAAAGAAAAAUAAAACAUCGAUGGUUCCUUCAUUGUUCUAAACGCUAGUGAGACAUCGAGCAUUCGCAAUGGUGAAAGCUAUUGCAGCUUAGAGCUAUUAGACAGUGGCAGAAAGAAUAAGCUUUGUUCAUUAUAACUUUUGAAGAUGUAAAGAAUAAGGAGUUUCUCGCGAACUUUGACCUCGAAUUGGAUGUUCGCAUGGUCGUUGAACAAUGCCUCAACAUUUUCUUCAUUAAAAAUAAUUGCUCUGAGCCAACUGAAAGUUGAUCAUUGAUUCUUGAAAACAAUUAUUCUUAAUUUCUAUAACUUCCCAAAGAACUUCGCGGCAAUGGUGAAGUUUGGAAACAAACUACCAAAUCAAUUCACACGCGCUUAGGCUCUUUUCUGCAUCCAAUUCAACGAGAUUCACAGUUUUCAUACAACAAGUAGGAAAGAUUAUUUGAAGGAAUAACCGCUAAUGUUCGUUUAAGCUGACGAAAAAGUCAUCCACAUCGAAUUACUAAAAAAGAAAAAGAAAAGAAAAAGACAUUUUUCUUGCUUUUUGUUUUCUAUUUUGAAACUAUUCUUAAGCUGUUCUAAUUGCUAGUCCAAACUUCAGGUAAACGUCUAGCUCAUGCCUUGCUUUUGCUAGCUCCACGUAACAACUCUUUUCCUACUGCACUUCAAACACUUGUUUCUAGCCUCUUUUGUGAGUCUAUGUUUUUUUUUUUAUUUGCAGUUUUUUAUAAUAAUAUAGGAAACAGUAUUUAAUUUUUUGGAAACCCUUCCUUCUGGGCCUACAGGCGCUUGUUUUUUAUUUCGUUGUUUCACGAUUCAUCUAGCUUUCAUGAAUUGACAGUUCUGUAUUAUUCAUUCAAUUAUCUUUUUUUAUUUUUCGUUUCAAGCCAUCGUUCCAAUUUAGCGCGUGAAAAAUUAUGAAUACAACCGAGGACACUUAUGAUAUUACUUACCAUUUUGAGGAUGCUCCCAUAGAAUCUGGCAAUAUCUCUGCUUGGUCGUCAAAUGAACGUACUGCAGGAUUUGCUUUGCAUCCAUAUACCCUCAAGGGAUCUACAUUUAUUACAAGCAAACAGUUGAGUUUAGAUGACACAAAAUCUUCAGGUCCUUUUGAGGAAGCGGAAGGACACCUUUAUGAAUUUCAACAACCUUCCCCGUUGAUUGAACCUACUGAAUUAUUAAUUUCAUGGUAUGAACUAUGGGAAGAAUUGCAAGAUGUUUCUCUAAAGCCUACCAUGAAUGAUGAAUUAAACCAAUUGGUAUUAGUUCAGUUUUAUGGAAAAAUCAGUUCUAUAUUUCGUAAAAAGAUCAAUCAAGUCUUAGAAUAUUUCCAAACCCAAAUUAACGAUGGACAAAAAGAGCUCCAGCCUUCUUUGGAUACGCUAUGGGAAGUAGAAUCUGCAUGGCGUUGUGCAGAAGCAAUAUAUUUUCCUUCUUCUUCUCCUUAUACUCUAUCAACAACUAUCAUGGACUGGGUUAACUCUUACGACCCUCAACCCGUCGCUGAAGAUGGAUUGGAAAUUAUGACCUACCGUAUACCCUAUCAACACCCUUCCUUCUGGUCUUAUGUCAACAAAACAGCAAUCCGUGGCUUGUUCCAACAAACUAUUUCUUGUUUAGAGUCUUCGUCAUUGACGAAAGAAAUACCUACUUUGGAAACCACGAUAAAUGAUCUUGUAGACAUUUUGAAGUAUUGUCCAUGCUUGCAUCAAAAGUCCAUUCGAUCUGCUGUUGAUUUUGAGAAGCGAUGGAAAAUUUGGCGUUCACGGAUAGCACACCUUCAUCAAAGUAUAGUGAAUCACAGUGAUAUACCAACGGAAGUUGAACAAAGUCUACUUUCUUUGUUGAACAUUUUAAGCGGUAACAGGGAGGAGAUUAAAACGAAUUGUAUUUCUUGGCAAGAGUACUUUUCUGCUUUAGCGUUCUUAUACGAUCCUUUGGAUUGUAAAAACCCAGCUCAAGUGUCUAUUUUGUAUCAAAUGUCAACUGCCGAAGACACUGAUUUUUAUGUCGAUUCGACUCUGGAAUUCGAAAAGCUUUGCGUUGCAUUGUGCAAUAAUCAACCAUUGGACGCUAUUCAACAUUCCUACAUGUUGGAUGUCGGUCUCGCCGUUCAUUUGGCCGACUUUUUACAUAAAACUGGAUAUAUUAAAGAUUAUUUUACCGAAGAACUUCCCGUAACACUUCGUGAACAUCUCUUACUUGAAUACGGUGAAAUUAUCUUGGAAACAAAGGGUAUCUGGCAGGUAGCUUUUGCGUAUUGGAAGCAUGUACCAGGAUACGGACAUCAACGCAUAAAAUCCCUAAUAUCCAGAGUCCCUCUGCAUAAUAUUGUUGAAAAAGAUGAAGCUUUAACUGUCUGUCAAGAGUUGGAUUUACAAGAAGAAGCACAGAGUGUUAUGUCUCAUUGGGCAACGAAUUUGAUUGCAGAAGGUGCUUAUGGUGAGGCAUUGAUUAUUUUAGACAAAGCUCGUGAUUUUACUACAAUGAACAGAGUGACAUGGGAAAUUUUCAAUCUUUGUCUCGAAAAUCAAAAUUCAGUAAACGCCGCAGAAGAUGAGACUUUAUAUGAUCUCCUAAGUUCUCCUCGUCUGUGUUCUCCAACAUUGGCUUCUGUUCUUUCGCCGGCUGCUGCAAUUCACCAAUACUUUCUUUGUAAGGAAAGCGAAGAUCCUCGCCAAGCAGGUGAAUUGCUUAUUGGGUUACUAAAGAUGAUUAAUUCUCCUAAAUUUUAUCGAGAAAAACUUUUGAAAGAAUUGCUUGUAUUUACCAGAAAUACAAAGAACUAUCAAACGAUUUCUUUGACAAGCGCAUUCGACUGCAUUGCUUGCUUGGAAGACCAUGAAAAAAAUGUAUCGAAUAGUAAGCUAGUCAGGGACGUCCGAAUUCAAUUAGCUUCUAUUGUCUCUUGGAACUACUUGAAUGCUGUAAAAUAAAAGUUUAAAGCCUUCUACGAUGCUUCAACUAAUAUUUAAAGAAAAGAUAGUAAAGGUCAUUAGGAAUACAGAUUGGGGUUAUAUAUGAAUGUGUUCUUGCUAAUCGUUUCGACCCUCGUUUACCUGACGCGAAUUUAAUUUACUGGAAUGUUGUGGAUCCUUAAAAGAAAUUGUCAGUCUGCAGUUUCCCGCUUAAAAAAUUUCAUAGCAUUGGUAGGGACAUA